AUGGCGGAGUUCGACCCAGAGGCGUACAUGGACCAGAAGCUGGGGAGAGAUGGAGGAGGAGGAGGAAUAGAAGAAGAAGAAGCAUCUUAUGCUCCAGAGCCAACUGAGAAGAAAGAAAAGGAUGGAGGAGACAGAGAUGGCGACAGAGAUCGGGACAGGGACAGGGACAGGGACAGGGAUCGGGACAGGGACAGGGAUCGCGACCGAGACCGGGACAGCGAUCGGAAGAGAAGCAAGAGAGAUCGCUCUCGGAGCAGAUCGAGGGACAAAAAGAGGUCGAGAAGCAGGUCAAGGGACAGGAGGGACCGCGACAGGCACAGAGACAAGCACGAUGACAGAAGGAGGCAUGACGGCGAAAAGAGGCGAUAUGAUGAGACAUAUCGUUACGAGAAAGAAAUUCCUGAUCGUCUGCCUGCAGAACAAAUUGCGAAAGAUGAUGAGGGGUUCGAUCGAGACAUGAGGACUAUUUUUGUUGCGCAGGUAGCGCGCAAAGCCGAUGAACGAGAUCUCUUCCAAUUCUUCUCUGAAGCCGGAAAGGUUGUGGAUGUGAGAAUCAUCAAGGACACACAGACGAGGCGAUCGAAGGGUAUAGCCUAUGUCGAAUUCGAGAAGCAGGAGCAAUGUGUAGCAGCUGUGCAGAAGUCAGGCCAGCUUUUGUGUGGCUUUCCUGUGGUGGUUCAAGCGUCUCAAGCUGAGAAGAAUCAAGCAGCCAGAUUGGCUGCUCAGGUUGCUGGAGAGUUGGAUCUUCCUGCAAAACUUCAAGUGGAUAAUUUGCACAUGGACAUUGCUGAGGAUGAUCUUCAAACCCUGUUUUCACCUUUUGGAAAGGUUUUGAGUGUGAGAAUCAACAAAGAGCACGGACGGAGCACUGGAAAGGGCGUGGUGGAAUUCAAAACUCUGCAGGAUGCCCAAAAAGCUGUUGCUCACCUGAAUGGCUUUGAUCUUGCCGGAAAGGCUCUUAAUGUGCGGAUCAUUCAGAGUGCGGGAUCUGGCUACACAGGAUCGAUGUCAUCGUCAGGUGGCCCUGCUACAGAAAUGCUUGACGAUAAUGAGAUCGGGGGCGUUCACGUUUCGGCCCAAUCUCGACACUCUUUGAUGCAAAAGUUGGCCCGUGGCGAUGCACAGCUUACCAGCGCUGUGCCUAACAGUCUCAUGAGUGGUGCACUACAGCCAUCCAAGCCUGCAAAUGCGAUCCCCAAUGGACAGUCACAGCCUUCGGUGUUCAUGGUGUUGGUGAAUAUGUUCGAUCCUGCCAAAGAAACUGAGCCAGAUUUCCACGUUGAGAUUCAAGAUGAUGUGAAGGAAGAGUGCGAGGCCAAAUUCGGUAGAGUAAUUCAAGUUGUCGCUGAUCGCAAGCAUCCGAACGGACUUGUCUAUGUUCGUUUUGAUUCCACUGACACCGCGCAGAAGGCGCAAGCUGGUUUGCAAGGUCGUUUCUUUGCUGGGAAGCAGAUUUCCGCAAUCUAUUUGGCGCAAGGAACAUUCGAAGCGAAUAUUCCCCGUUGAGUGAGCAGAUGAUGAUUGGAUUUGCUCGCAUUGCUUCGACUUUGCAAUUCUAUCAAAGCCCCUUUACUCAAGUGUCCUAUCAUGUGAAGGCUCUGAGCCCAGAUGUGCCCUAAUUGUUUUGUUCUCUUGUGUAUGCGUGCAAUUUUUACAGACUCCACUUGGGAGCAGCUCAAUGCUGAAGCGCCAUGUGGCGAUAAGGAGCACUCGUCUUACUGGCUUAACAUCCCGGUCUCAUGUCGCU